AUGGGAGACCUUGCCUGGUUUCUCGGCAUCCGAAUUGUCCGCGAUCGAGCUCUACACAAGACCUGGCUUGUACAAGACGCCUUCAUCAACAAGGUGUGCGCUCAAUUCAGCAUUGAGGCUCUGCCACAGUCUACCGAGGAGACCGAUACUACUCGUACGAAGCUCUACCAGCAACUUGUUGGUUCUCUCGCAUAUAUCGCUGUCUGGGGCAGGCCUGACGUCGCUUGUACGCACGUUGUCUUCGCCUGCCACCUUACUAACCCAGGACAGUCUCACGUCUCAAAGAUCCGCCAAACUUGGCGCUACCUGCUCAGCAAGAAGGCUCUCGCUCUUGAAGCCUCUGCUAGCUCGCAUGACAUGGCCGAGUAUCUCUCCGACGAUCCAACGUACCGCGAUACUCUCUUCUUUGGAUCAUCAGAUGCCUCGUACGCUGACGAGCCUGAGACGCGCCAGAGCUCUCAGGGAUAUGCCUUUAAGUUUGGAGGACUCAUGAUCGACUGGAAAUCAACUGUCCAGCGUACAGUCACAAAAUCAACUACAGAGUCUGAACUGCUCUCUCUCUCUCUCUCUCUCGCAGCCUCGCAGAUAGAGGAAUGGAUGCGUUUCUUCGCCGGCAUCAACCUCACGCUCGACUGUACACCUACUAUUCAGUGUGACAACCAGCAAACUGUCGGUAUCGUCACAAAGGAGCACAACAAGCUUCACACGAAAGUCAAAUACGUCGAUAUCCGCCAACUCUGGAUCCGACAGGAGGUCACCGCCUCACGCAUUAACGUCCAGUGGGUCCCUACUGACCAUAUGCCUGCCGAAGGACUUACAAAGAUCCUGCCAAAGCAGAGAUUUGCAGAGUUCCUUUAA